AUACUUCCUGAGGCUGGUUGUUUAAUGAAAAAGUGUACAUUUACGGUGAAUUAUUAUUGUCUAUCUAAACACAAUGUCUGAUCCAACAAUUCAAACAUUUUGUUGUCAUCGUUCUGGUAACAAUGAGGAUAUGGCAUUGAGAAUAAUGAACGAGUUUAAUACAGAUUCAUAUAACACUGUUUGUUUGGUUUCUUCUACAAUCGGUAUUUUAGGCGCAUUAUUCCAGAUUGUACACUAUUUAUGGCAAAAUAUACCUCAAAGAUACAACACCUUUACAUCCAGUCGUGGACGAAACAUUAUAAUGUGGCUAGCUGUUGCUGAUUUGUUGGCAUCCUCUGGUGUCUUAAUAAGAUCUUCACUGUGGUUGAAAUACAAAACUAUUAUGCCUAUGCCAGAUGAUGGUUUUAGUGUAUUAUUCUGCAGUAUUACCUCUGCUUGGACUCAAUAUUUCUAUACAGCAACUUGGUUCUGGACUCUAUUCUAUGCAAUUGACACUUGGCUUACUAUUAAAGGCAGGGACUCUCACCAAAUGGUUUACCACUCGGUAGCCUGGGGUCUGCCAGUGGUCACUACUGGAGUAGGACUGUCUAUUCUUUAUUUUCCAGAUGCAACAUGUCACAAUUUAACAUCAGUCACAAGUGCCCUACUAAAAAUUCUUCCCAACUACUGUGCAACAUAUGUGCCCAUAGCACUUGUGAUGGUAAUAAACCCCAUCAUGUAUGUGCUCGCUGGCAAAGACGUUGAAAUGGCUGUGGCGCUGCCGCUCGCUCAGUUCACUAGUAAGGAGCGAAGGGUUGUGGACGCUUUAAGACUGAAGUUUUUUAUGAUAAAUGCUGUAUUCUACAUUUGCUGGUUACCUAAUCUUCUGAACGGAAUACUAUUGUGGACUAUGUGGUUCAAUAUGCCAGUAAAAGUUAUAAUAUCUGUUUGGUAUGUUAUGGCUUUAAUGAACCCAAUGCAAGCACUGUUUAACGCUAUGGUUUAUCGCAAGUGGAGUUUCACUGGCUACAGCAUGGCGCCCACAAUGUCCAGUGCCACAAUCAAAGGUUUCCAGUUCAGUGAGGAACAGUCCCCGCUACUUGGCUCGGAGCCCCCGCGGCUCCAUUUGGAUCCAUUGCCGUCUAGCAUUAACAAUUAUUCGACCCUGUGAUCUUUAGUCAAUAGUAAAUAUAAAGACUGCCGGUGACGACCACAUCAAGGAAGCUUACAACACUGGAGGUUAUAAUUGUAACUGAAACGGGACCGGGACUUAUGGCUUUAUUCAUAUUAACGUCAAGCAGCAGAGAUCUAUGAAACUUUCCAUACAAUAAAAUUUAGCGAACGGUAAAACGGUGACAGACGGUUUGGUGCAACCGACCCAUAGUCUGUAAAAUUUAACAAGCAGAUGGUAAUCGCUUGUCGCUAUCUUUCAUCCUUACAUACGUGUUUGUUCGAAAGAGACAAAUUUUAUAGUGUCCGAUCGAAACAUGUUUUUUAUCCGAAACCGAAGGUUCGGCUUUGGCUCUAGUUUCGGCCGAAACCGACACUUUUGUAGAUUUGUUACAAUAAAAUCGUUGAAAAAAUUUCAUAACACCGCUUUUAUACACAUAUUAAGAGUAUAAGACUGCGUCGACCGUCACAUGGCGACCUCAUUAAUAUGGCGAUAUUUCGAGGGAAUAACCUUUGGAGUAAGCGACCACUGCGAUUAAUUUCUUGCGGUUUCAGUCUUGCAAGUGCGUGCAAUUAUGAAGCAUGCCGUAUGUUACACUUACUUAUUGCGGUUCUGGAACCUUAAGAAAUUAAUCUCAGUGCGUUCUAAGCCUAACAGUUUGUAAACAAAAGCCUUAAAUGGUAAAGCGGAUGACGUAAUUCGAUUUUCUUAAAUAAAGCCUCUUGGUCACAUCACAUCUACGCGAGUAGGAUGACUGAUGUAGAGUAGGUAUAGGCUAUACCAGACCAUUCGCGCUACCAAGACUAGGGGCCUAGAUUAGUGUUUUCUAUCAACGAUUGUAGUCUUGGUUAGGCCCCCUGGUCAGUUCAAAAUAAGGCGUUUAAUUAUGAAAACUCAGCUCAUACAUUAGGUAAAGAUAUCGAUGCGACCAAUUUGGCAUAAAUAUGUGUACAGAACCUUAUAUUACGUUCGUAUAAGUACCUACACGUAUUUAAGGUCCCGUCUUGUUUUACACCUUACUCGUACUCGUUUGGAAUAAGGCGAAAAAUGUAAACAUAGAUAAUAUAUCUUUGAAGUCUACUUUACGUGACUUUAGAAGCUGCAUAGAUAACGACAUUUCAAAAUGGAACGGGGGCUCCGACUUGCUCUAGCGCUAGGUUUGGCAGAACAAUUGUUACUUUAGGUACUUAUUUACAUGCCAUUCCAGUUGUUUUACUAGUAUUUAGUAUAGGUACCCUUAGCUGCUUGUAUACGAUACGUCCAUUGUUUUCCCCGGACAACGGACGGUGUUACGUGACUACGUUUAGUUUUUUAUAUGGAUACAGCCAAGAAAACAAAACCUCGUCGCAUAAAUGCCUGUUCAUGUUCACACCGGCUGCGUGUGCCUAGAUGUGCACGUUGUAAUAUAUAGAUCCUUAUGAGAGACGGCACACUGCUUGCGUGACGUGUGCGUGCGUGGCUCAAACAUUUUAACUUACGCGCUCGUGCACGUUUACGCACACGCAGCCGGUGUGCUUUAGCCUUUACAAGUUUACACGGAUAAUUGUCCGCUGAAUACGACGGACGUAUACAAGCGGCCUUACGUACAUUGUGUACGCACGACGACUGUAUUCGAGUGAGCACUUCUUGCCAUGUUAUUACUAUGUUUUCAAGUAUAUCUAAGACAUAGUAAAUUUGUUAUUUUUUAAAGUUAAUAAGUUCUAUAUUUAUAUUAUUGGCUCCACAAACCUCACCGAUAUCGGGUGGAAUUUUUGAUAAUAUUUUGUUUGGAUAGGAUUUUUGAUACUCGUUUUGUCAAUUGAACUCGUUGCAUCUCAGUAGCUGGUUUUAAUGUAUCGAAAAAGGCGUUCAAUUAGUAUCGGUGACGUCUGUAGAGCCUAAAUGUUCGAAUUAAGAUUAAAUUAUGUACCUACCUAUUUUUUGAGAAAUGUUUGUUU